AUGAGUAACGCGGGUGGCCAAAAAGAAGGGGCGAACAGGGAAGAGGAGGAGAAAAAGAAUGGUAGGCCGGGGGCAGUAGCAGCGUUAGGGAGGGAUAGGAGGCAUAGCCUGGAAUCGACGGCGACGGUGCUAGACUUAUGGAAAAGAAAGCGGGCGGAGGAAGGGGAAAAAGGGGAGGAGGAUGUAGACGAGAUGCAAGAAAGAGAAAGAGUAUUUCGGAAAAGCAGGAAAGUGCACCGGUCGCCGGAGGGUAAGACAGGGGAGGAAGGGAAGGCAGAGGGAGGGGGUAUACAGGAUAUGCUAAGGUUGAUUAGGGAAGAGCUAAAGCUAGGUCUAGAGGAGGUCAAAGGGCAGGGAAGGGGGAUCAGGGAAGAAAUGGAAAAGAUUGAAGGCAAAAUGACUAGAAGGGAAGAGCAGUGGGAAGUAGAGAGGGGGGAGACGAAGGAAAUGAUAAGGGAUCUAGGUAAAAGACUAGAAGAGAUUGAUCUGCUGAAGAUCAUGUCCCAACAACAAGGAGCCGCUGAACGUCAUCAACAGCAACUUCUCCAGCUGCUUUUUGAUCAACAAGAGCAGCAAAAACAAGAACUCGCUAUUCAACGAGAACAACGAGAAAGGGAACUUGCCUCUCAGUUAGAGCAGCGGAGGCUAGAUGGAGAAGCUCAAGAACAAUCCGAAACCAGUCGUCAUGAACUGUUCGGGACGACUGUGGCAGCUCUUCAGGCUGUCCACCAGGUGAACAGCUCAGGAGAACCGGCCGUCACCCCUCGAGGUUCCAGAGUCGCUACUCCGCUUCCCUCACCUGUUCCCGCUCCUGUUCCCGUUCCCGCUGCUCAGGAGGUCCAACAUCCAAGACGAUCCCAGGAUGUUCGUGACUCAAGGUUCGUCCUCGACAUUCUCAUUGAAGUCAAUUAA